AUGCUUCCUUUCAUCCUUGGCUUGGUUGGAGGCAGAGCUUGUACCGCCAAUUGGAAAUUGGAAAUUGAAAAGGUAUUGAUGCAGAACAUUGCAGUAGAUGCAUUGUGUGG